AUGAAAUCAUAGUAAUUGCUAAAAGACUUAGAAGCAUUUCAAAAAUAGCUAAAAUAAGCACUUCCAACAAUAAUCAAUAGAGUGACCAAGGAUAUAGGGUAAAUGCUUUAUUUUGAGAAAUUGUUUAAAGAUCUAAAGCCAAAUUCAGUUUAAGAAUUAUAUUUCCAAAGUUUUCUUAGAUUGGAUCCCCAUAUAGCAAGACAACAACCAUAAUUAGAUGAACCAAUUCAGAACAUAAAUGAAUUGAUACAUCAAUAUUUUGAAUAGCAAGCAGAGAGAUUAUAAGAAAUGGUAUUGUUGGAAAAGGAACUGAAAAUGAUGAGAGAAUUGGAAGAAUUGUAAGUAAGUUAGGAGAGUACACAAAUAUAAAAUUCUUUGAUUGAGUUAGAAUAAUAGAAAGGAAUGGACGUGGAAAAAUAAAACAUGGAAGAAGUAUGUAAUGCAAUUAAAAGGAAAUAUUGGAGAUAGGCUUAAUCACCAAAUUGUGAUUAGUGUUUCUGUGGAAAUCAAUUACAUUAUAAGUAAAUCGUUAGAUGUCAAUUGUGUGAAUAACAUUUUCAUGUGAAUUGUCUAGACAAAAGUUAUGAUGAAAGAUAUGUUAAACAUUUCACAUGUCCAAGAUGUACCUUAUAUCAUAUGGAUUAAUUUUGUGAAGUGAUCUCAGUUAUUAUAGAACCAUUUUCAUUUAAGAAGACAGGGUUAACCAGCACUAAGACUGUUAAAUUUAAGUCAGAAACUAAUAAAAUUGAUGUAAGAUGUAUUAGGAUGGAUUGUCCUUUGUCAGCAGAAGAAAUAACAUGGCCAGACUUAGGAGAAUUACACAUUAAUAAUAAGAAAGUGGCUGAAUUUAUUCCAUUAGCUUAGUAGAGUUGUCAGCAUAAGCGAAAAGAUGAGAAAUUGAUAUUCGCGAUUCCAUAAAAUGAAGAGUGUUCUCUAAUGAUGAAAGAGACGAUUCCUGGCAUGGAGUAGAAGAGAAAAUAUAGAAUCCAAGGAGAAUAGUUGCAUUAUGUGGCUGCUUACAAAACCAAAUAAUAUUCUGCCAAAUAGCUAAUAGAGAAGAUUACAACAUCCAGUGAAAAUUGGAUGAGUGUAGAAUAAGCAUAGGAUUUUAUUAUACUUCAGAUGAAUUACAUAUCGUCUACUGGUAUCAAGUAAAUUAAAUAAACUAUUUCUUUGUUGUGUUGUUUAUGUUCCACUUUGAUGGUCACACCUGUCAGGGGGAUCUAUUGCAAUCACAUCUAAUGUUUCUCUCUAGAAAACUAUUUAAUGAUGCUAGAAAUGUCAAAUCCAAGGAAAUGGAGGUGUCCCAUCUGUAAAGCUAAGUUAUUCAAAUUACAAAUUGAUGCUUUACAAUAUACAAUCUUGUAGACCAUUAGACAAUACAAUUUAUAGGAGAAAUACUCUGAGAUAUCAUUCGAUCAUAUGGGAAAUAUAUUGGAUGAUCUCAUCUAAAAAUUUAUAGAUUUUAAUAAUUUACCGGAACAUGCCAAGACUAGUAGGAAUAGGAUAUUACAAUUAGAAACUUUAAGUAAUUAGAGAAGGGAAAUCGAUAAUGAAAUGGAUGAAGCAGAAUAGUUAAAUAAUAGACCACUUAAUCCUAAUUCAAUUGUNACAUCAAUAUUUUGAAUAGCAAGCAGAGAGAUUAUAAGAAAUGGUAUUGUUGGAAAAGGAACUGAAAAUGAUGAGAGAAUUGGAAGAAUUGUAAGUAAGUUAGGAGAGUACACAAAUAUAAAAUUCUUUGAUUGAGUUAGAAUAAUAGAAAGGAAUGGACGUGGAAAAAUAAAACAUGGAAGAAGUAUGUAAUGCAAUUAAAAGGAAAUAUUGGAGAUAGGCUUAAUCACCAAAUUGUGAUUAGUGUUUCUGUGGAAAUCAAUUACAUUAUAAGUAAAUCGUUAGAUGUCAAUUGUGUGAAUAACAUUUUCAUGUGAAUUGUCUAGACAAAAGUUAUGAUGAAAGAUAUGUUAAACAUUUCACAUGUCCAAGAUGUACCUUAUAUCAUAUGGAUUAAUUUUGUGAAGUGAUCUCAGUUAUUAUAGAACCAUUUUCAUUUAAGAAGACAGGGUUAACCAGCACUAAGACUGUUAAAUUUAAGUCAGAAACUAAUAAAAUUGAUGUAAGAUGUAUUAGGAUGGAUUGUCCUUUGUCAGCAGAAGAAAUAACAUGGCCAGACUUAGGAGAAUUACACAUUAAUAAUAAGAAAGUGGCUGAAUUUAUUCCAUUAGCUUAGUAGAGUUGUCAGCAUAAGCGAAAAGAUGAGAAAUUGAUAUUCGCGAUUCCAUAAAAUGAAGAGUGUUCUCUAAUGAUGAAAGAGACGAUUCCUGGCAUGGAGUAGAAGAGAAAAUAUAGAAUCCAAGGAGAAUAGUUGCAUUAUGUGGCUGCUUACAAAACCAAAUAAUAUUCUGCCAAAUAGCUAAUAGAGAAGAUUACAACAUCCAGUGAAAAUUGGAUGAGUGUAGAAUAAGCAUAGGAUUUUAUUAUACUUCAGAUGAAUUACAUAUCGUCUACUGGUAUCAAGUAAAUUAAAUAAACUAUUUCUUUGUUGUGUUGUUUAUGUUCCACUUUGAUGGUCACACCUGUCAGGGGGAUCUAUUGCAAUCACAUCUAAUGUUUCUCUCUAGAAAACUAUUUAAUGAUGCUAGAAAUGUCAAAUCCAAGGAAAUGGAGGUGUCCCAUCUGUAAAGCUAAGUUAUUCAAAUUACAAAUUGAUGCUUUACAAUAUACAAUCUUGUAGACCAUUAGACAAUACAAUUUAUAGGAGAAAUACUCUGAGAUAUCAUUCGAUCAUAUGGGAAAUAUAUUGGAUGAUCUCAUCUAAAAAUUUAUAGAUUUUAAUAAUUUACCGGAACAUGCCAAGACUAGUAGGAAUAGGAUAUUACAAUUAGAAACUUUAAGUAAUUAGAGAAGGGAAAUCGAUAAUGAAAUGGAUGAAGCAGAAUAGUUAAAUAAUAGACCACUUAAUCCUAAUUCAAUUGUUAUAUAUAAAUUAUUAAAUUAUCAUGUUGAUCCUAAUCUUAAUUCCAUUCGCUUUCUCUUUAAGUUCUGACUGCUAAUAUAGAAGCACCACAGAUUGUUUGGAAUUAAAUAUGCUCAACCUAAAAUAUAAGUGUUCGAUCAAAAACAAUAGAUGCUUCGAAUAGAGACCUUAGAUGAGUCAAUUUAAACAAUAAGGAACCUUAAAGUUACAAUUCUAAAGUCGAAAGGAGAGAUUAGAAGCCUAAAAGGAUGCUCUAAAAAGGAGAUCUAAAUUUAUCAAAAAUAGAUUUCAAGAUGAAUACUCAGAAAAAGAUUUUGGAUCUUCCUUCUCGAUAUCUGAUUCUCAUAGUGGAGAGCUGUUUGAUAACUUCAAUGGUGAUGGUAGUUAUUCGGGUUGUAUUUAAAUUUGAUUCAAAUUUCUUAGAUUACCCAACUUUUGAGGAUGAAGAAAGCAGUUUGGAAAUUGAAUUAGUCUCCAAGAACCCAAUUCCAGAAAAGCCUCCCAGGUUCUCCAUAAAGCCUAACUUCAAUACAAGGCUAAUUGUUGAUAUUUCUUGUGUUCUAUUAUAUAUAAUGUAUUUUUGA